AUGAAUCUAUUUUGCAAUAAAAUAGUGAUAUUACUCCUUUUGGAAGUUAAUCUUCAACUUUUCAGAGGUUUCAUAGUGUCCGUACAAGGCAUUAUCAUUUACCGUGCGGCAUAUUUCGGAAUGUUCGAUACUGCUAAAUAUUACAUUGCUUCUGAAGGAAAGAAACUGAACUUCUUCCUCGCAUGGGCUCUUGCUCAAGUUGUAACCGUCAGCUCAGGCCUAACCUCAUAUCCAUGGGAUACUGUACGUCGACGGAUGAUGAUGCAAUCAGGAAGGUCCGAUGUGCUUUAUAAGAACACUCUCGAUUGUGCCACAAAGAUCAUCAAGAACGAGGGUCUUAAAGCCAUGUACAAGGGUUCAUUGUCGAAUAUUUUCCGUAGUACCGGAGGAGCUCUUGUGCUUGCCAUCUAUGACGAAAUUCAAAAGUAUAUCAAACUGUAG